UUUAUUAAAAAGUUAAUGACAAUUUAUUAAACAAUAAAAAAUAGCUAGCGUGAAGUUUCAUUCUCAGUACAGUACUGUCACAUCACUUGUAGCAAUGAUCAGUAACAGAUGUUCUCAGCUGCUUUGCUUUUGCCUUCUUCUCUCUGCAAUCGAAAGUAAUUGCGAGUAUCAGUGCUCUCAUCACGGAGAGGAAAAAAUAACAAGGGUGCAUUUAAGAAAGCCUGGACAUUCAGCUGUGAAGCGCUCAUUGACCGAUGAUGUCUUUAAUCAGACAUUUCGCGUUUAUACUCACUAUGACAGCUCGUUUUCAUCUGGAUUAUCUUCAGGAGUGCAGUCUAGAAUUAGGGACAUCGUGAAGAAUGUGACUGACUUCUUACAGGAAACAUUAUCUGUCAGGCAAACUCCAUCCCCCAUUCUACUAGACAGGGAUUGUUCCAAUGGUAGAUUCUAUAUAACAUCUGGUGAUGUUAGACCAUGUGUCCAACAAUGUGAAACAACUACAACUUGUGGAACUGCUACUGUACCUCAGGACCAUUUACUGCGCUGUAGUCAAUGUGGAGGAAGCUUUAGCAAUUGUGCUGAGUCUGGUACUGAUGGUGCUGGUGUUAGCAAUGUUGAUUAUGUCUUAUACAUAUCUGCUGUUAGUACUGGCUCAUGUACUAAUGGUGGGUCUACCAUUGCUUUUGCUGGAGCUUGUCAAAUGGAAGAUGAGUAUGACAGGCCAAUUGCUGGGUACAUAAACUUCUGCUCUGGAGGCAUUACAAGUGGUAGUAGCGACCUAUUCAUAUUCACUGUGGCUAAGCAUGAAGUAUUGCAUGCUUUGGGAUUCUCAAAGGGUUUGUUUCCAUGGUUUAGAGAUGAAAAUGGUAACCCAAGGACUCCUAGAAAUUCAAAUGGAUUUCCACCAUCAGCUUCGGGAGGUGGUUACAUGGCUUCCAAUAAUACAGUUAGAGUGGUCACGUAUAACGACUGGUGGACAAAGGAUGGAGUUGUUAGUAAAACAGUUACUUUGUUAGUUACUCCGAAAGUUGUGGAAAUAGGAAAGAUUCAUUUUAAUUGCAGUACUCUAGAAGGAGUGCAGUGGAAGAUCAGGGGG